AUGGAGAAUACUUCGCGGGACGGAGGAUUUUUCCCAGAAAAGGAAGACAAGAAAAAGGAGCUAAAGGAAGAUGAGUCCAUACUUCUUCCAGUGCUUCCUGGCAAGAGAUGCAAGUAUUGUCUCCAGAUUCCUCUCGAUGAUGAGAUUGAAAAGACAUUUGGAAUUCCGGUCUGCAGAUCGUGCCGUUACAGCUCUCUUAAGUUUGUAACAAAGACUUCUUGCCUUUCCGACUAUCUUCUAGUAGAUGACGAGCUUAAGGAGCUCCGGUUUCUUGAGAGACCCAAUCCUCGCAAGGGAACAUGGUCAAGAAUGCAUCUGUAUCUGAAGGAGGAGGUUGAAGAGUUUGCAGUCUGGAAGUGGGGAUCGCUCGAGAAGAUUGAGGAGAUCAAGGAAAAGAGGAAAAAGAGAACUAAAGAUCGGAAGCAAAGGAAGUUGAAAAAGAAUAUAAAGGAUCUUAGGAGAAAAACCAGGAUGGAAGUUGGAGACACCAAGAAGCAUGAGCAUGUGUUUGAAGAUGAUGGGGAAGUUUGUAGAUGUAGAUGUGGAAUGUCUGUUGAGGAGGAAGAGCUAUGA